AGUCCUUGUUCAGGGCCUGCUGAGUGCUAGCACUGUGCCGAGUGUGGGGCUGCAGUAGAGGAAAAAGACAAGUCUGGUUCUUGCUGUCUUUUGGCUCUCAGUCUAGUAGUAAAGUUAACGGCUACUGUUUGGAAAGAGACGUGCUGGGAUGGUUUAUCCUAUUGGCCUGGGAUUAUGAAGCCCAACAUGUGUUCCUGGACUUCUCCAGACAGGUUAUGUCACCGACAGAGGCUGCCCUGAAGCUCCCUGUGGCCCGGAGACUAUGUACAAGAGGAAUGGUCUGAUGGCUAGCGUGUUGGUCACCUCUGCCACUCCACAGGGCAGCAGCAGCUCAGACUCUCUGGAGGGCCAGGGCUGCGACUAUGCCAGCAAGAGCUACGAUGCCGUUGUCUUCGAUGUCCUGAAAGUGACUCCCGAGGAGUUUGCUAGCCAGAUCACAUUAAUGGACAUACCCGUGUUUAAAGCCAUCCAGCCGGAGGAACUAGCCAGCUGUGGAUGGAGUAAGAAGGAGAAACAUAGUCUCGCUCCCAACGUCGUGGCCUUUACCCGGAGGUUUAACCAGGUCAGUUUUUGGGUUGUACGAGAAAUUCUAACAGCACAGACUUUAAAAAUAAGGGCAGAAAUCCUGAGCCAUUUUGUGAAAAUAGCCAAGAAACUUCUAGAACUCAACAACCUUCAUUCUCUCAUGUCUGUGGUGUCAGCAUUACAAAGUGCACCCAUCUUCAGGCUGACAAAAACCUGGGCUCUGUUGAAUCGAAAAGACAAGACCACCUUUGAGAAAUUGGACUACCUGAUGUCUAAAGAAGAUAAUUACAAGCGGACUCGGGAAUACAUCCGAAGCCUGAAGAUGGUUCCCAGUAUUCCCUAUCUAGGCAUCUAUCUUCUGGAUUUAAUCUACAUUGAUUCUGCAUAUCCUGCCUCAGGCAGCAUCAUGGAAAACGAACAAAGAUCCAAUCAGAUGAACAAUAUUCUUCGAAUAAUUGCGGAUUUACAAGUUUCCUGCAGCUACGACCACCUCACAACCCUGCCCCACGUGCAGAAGUACCUGAAGUCCGUGCGCUACAUUGAAGAGCUCCAGAAGUUUGUGGAAGACGACAACUACAAACUGUCGCUCAGAAUUGAACCAGGAAGCAGCUCCCCGAGACUAGUCUCUUCCAAGGAAGAUCUUGCAGCCCCCGCCGGCGGCUCCAGUUCUGCGAGGUUCAGCCGGCGGCCCACCUGUCCUGACGCGUCUGUGGCUGGCAGCCUCCCCACGCCCCCAGUUCCGAGACACAGGAAGAGCCACAGCCUGGGCAACAAUAUGAUGUGUCAGUUGAGUGUAGUUGAGAGUAAAAGUGCGACAUUCCCAUCGGAGAAAGCGAGGCACCUGCUGGACGACAGCGUCCUGGAGUCACGCAGCCCCCGCAGGGGCCUCGCCCUCGCCUCCUCCUCUGCCGUCACCAAUGGACUCGCCCUCGGCAGUAGUGAGAGCUCAGAGUUUAGUGAAGAGACGUCUUCAGGGCUGGCAAGCAGGGGACGUCUCUAUGCCACGCUGGGGCCCAACUGGCGGGUUCCAGUUCGGAAUUCUCCCAGAACCCGGAGCUGCGUCUACAGCCCCACCGGCCCGUGCAUCUGUACGCUGGGGAGCUCGGCGGCGGUCCCCACCAUGGAGGGGCCUCUGAGAAGGAAAACUCUGCUCAAGGAAGGACGGAAGCCCGCGCUGUCCUCGUGGACCAGGUACUGGGUCAUACUCUCAGGAUCCACCCUCCUGUACUACGGAGCCAAGUCCUUGAGGGGCACAGACAGAAAACACUAUAAAUCCACACCUGGCAAAAAGGUCUCCGUCGUGGGCUGGAUGGUGCAGCUGCCUGACGACCCUGAGCACCCGGACAUCUUCCAGCUGAAUAACCCCGACAAAGGCAAUGUUUACAAGUUCCAGACUGGUUCCCGGUUUCAUGCAAUACUGUGGCACAAGCAUUUGGAUGACGCAUGUAAAAGCAACAGGCCUCAGGACCGGGCUUCAGGAGAAAUGCUUUACGUGCAGGAAUUGGCCGAAUCCUCCCAACAUCCCUGUGAGGUAGGUUCCCAUACCGUCUCCGUUUCAUGCUGAGGACACUGAGGCUCAGAAAGUGGCAGACACUUGUUUAAGGCCCCAUGGUGAGUAAGAUCUAACCCCGGUCUGCCUGACACCAGAGUCUGUACUUGCCGGCCCUGAGAUCUCCCGCCGCAUGCUUCCUGGGUGGGGGCGGGGGCGGGGACCUGGCUUGCUCAGCCUCCUGCCGUCGAGCCAAAGGCCUGGAAACACAGCCUCUGCUGUCCAGGCUUGCGAGAGGGGUGGCUGCUCAGCCCUCCCACCAGCCCAGGCAGCAGGUGGGCUGCUGGGGCCAGGAGCACUGAGCUUCCCUGACAUGUUCCCCAGGGAUGAGCUGGAAGAGGGGGCUGGGGAGCCGGGUCCCUCUCCUCCGUUUGGAGAGAGAGCGCCAGGGCUGGAAUAGAUGGUGGCAGCUUCGAGGAGGAGGAAGGUGGUGCCGAGUUCACAGCAGGCGUGUGAGGCCGGGAGGGCAGGGGCUGCCAUGGUGCUGGUCACAGCACAGUCACAGACUUUCUGGCCCCUCAAAGCGGUUCUCAUAAAGCAGAGGGAGGUCUCUAGUGGUGUGUCCCAUGAUUCUGUGCUCAGUUUGGGCCUAUUCAGGAUUUUCAUCUGUAACAUCGAUGAGGACAUAUAUAACAAGCUGAUCAAAUUCUAUACGAUAAGAAGCUAGACGGCGAAAUUAGCAGAAAAUCCUCAACAAACUAAAACAGUAGGACAAGACUGAUAAAGGGAUAAACUUGAGGCACCACAGGGAAACUGAAAAUAAAUUGCAUUCGAGUCCCUCAGCUCACUUGCUAGAAAUUUGUCUGGGGCAUAUGCUCACACACGCACACACAGGUGUAUGGGUGAGAAUGUUCACUGCAGCAUUGUCCUUAAUAGAAAGAGAAAAAAAAGCACCUGGAAACUCGGCGACCCUCAGUAAACCCCUAUUGUGUACCCCCUGAUCUGUGUGUGAUCACCUGAAAGGGGCUCCAAGACAUAAGUGAAAAAGUAAAGUGUAAAAGCACGCGUAAGGGCAAUCUCAUUUGUGUUAAAAUACACGUGCAUAUUUAUUACAUGCAUGUCGGUGCCCAAAAAAAUUCUAAAAUGACGUACAAGAAACUACAGCUCUGCGGUCUCUAGAGUGUAUUUUGUGCUUAAGCAAAUGUAACUGCCCAUCUCCACGAUGGGGAGACCAGGGUCUUUGGUUGAUGGUUACCUCAAGGCGAUGAACAAGGUGCUGCUUCAGGUCACGUUAAGAGAGGAAGAGCAUCCUGACCUCCUCUGCCCUGGUCACUCCGUGCAUACCUGGGGCCCCUCCUUAGCUCUGAGGGCCACUCUGAGAGCACAGUGCGCUGGAGCUUACCUGCCACACACAGGUGACCCAGAGGAGUGACAAGUACUGAGGUGGGCCACACAGAUGGUGGUGCGGAGAGAGAGGCAGGGCCUUGGUGUCUGCUCCACGGUGACAGUCGUGGCACUGGUGGGCGGGCAGCCGGGAGCAGGGAUGGUUGCCCUGAGCAAGUGUCCACUGGCUCUCUGGGGGUGGAGGCAGCCUGAAGGUAGCAGCAGCUGCGCAGCAGGUAGCAGGGAACUGGGUCAAACCCACUUGGUAGAGGAGGUGUUUUGUCAGAAGGACAAAUGGACUGAAUUUCACGUCUGGCAAACGUGGUGUACCACGACAAGCUUUGGCAACGUUUAAGUAUUUUUGUCCAGUUUUUAGACCUAA